CAGAGUGGCCAUCAAUUGGCCAAGAAUAUACAGAUACCCAAUUGAAUCCAAAUGCAGCGGACUGCAACGAAAAGAGUGCCCCAGUAGUAGACUGCAAUGGGUGCCCACUUUUGUUCAGUCUUUUGAGAACGGUGCAACGGUGUAAACAUGUUCACGACUUCGAUCUCAAUUGCCGUUCUUCACUUGCUCCUGCUGGUGUCCUUCGGAGGAGCGCACACCCUUCCGCCGGUGGUGCAGAUGGGUGGUGCAAUCGUGGCCGCCGUCGAGCAGGAUGCCGAGCAGGAAGCCGCCGCCGAGGAGCGGCAGCGGGUCGAGCGACAGUGGCUAUCGAUGGCCGAAACACAAUUGCACAGCCUGAUAAGAGACGACUUGAGUCCAGAUGCGGUAAACAAGAUGCUGGAGACGUGGUCUACCGAAGGUCGCGCCAUUGCCAAAAUGGUUUUGCUACCCUUGGUCCUCAAAUGGCUGACGGCGCUUUCGACCUCAUCGUUUGUCAUGGGCAAAAUCGCAUUGGUCACAUCCGGUGUUUUGGCUCUGAAAUGGAUUUUGGCUGGAGGACAUGCACGCGAUCGUCUGGAGAUAGUUCACUCUCAUACACCACUCGUUAAAGGAUUACACGGCAGUGAUUUGUCCUCAAGUGGAAGCAGUUGGAUACCUAUUCGACAGCCCUUUAUACCUUUGGUAUCCAAAGACCAUAACCUUGACAAUCUUUAUAAGCCAUUUUUAUAGGUUAGUUUGAAACAAAAGUGAAAAGUUAUUGAAAGUAUUGCAAAACUGAAUGCCUGUAAAAUGUUGCACAAGUAAAAGGCGAGACCGCAGCUCUUGGUUAAUAAGAAUAAAUGUAAAUAGCAAAUGUUAA